GUUUGUGCCUACUGUUACUAACAGAGUCCACUGGGAAGAAUGGAGGCAAUGGGCUUUGGGGUUGCUUUGCUUGGAAAAGGGUGGAUGGUGGGUAUAAAUUCAUAGGAAAUCAGAGAAGGGUGGGCAAGAGAGCUUAUAUAACGAAGUUUAACUAGGGGAUAGGAACUCUGGAUAUUUCAAAUUUGCUCGCUAAAUCUCUGUGAGGAGUAGGAGCAUCAUUAAGUCUAUAGAAUUAAUUGAGUAAUUUGAAAUUGAUUGGACUUUGAUAAUUAUUUGAUACUUAAUGGAUCAGUAAGAGCGGUAUUAAAUAACAGUUAACACCACCCGCACGUACGACCUCACAGGAACAAACCUUUUAUACUUUUAUAAAGCUUGGGAGGCUUCGUCAUUUUUUAGAGUUUCUGCUGCUAGCUUUUCAGGUCAAUUCUUAGUAAUAGAAAACUAGUUGAAUGGUCAUCGUUCAACGAUCCGAUCCACAUCUUUAUGUGUAUGGUGUGCUGAUCUUUGAAGCCAUGGCUACCUUCGUCAGUCAAGUCUCUGUGCUAUCCCUCAUCGCCAUUUUCGGUGCGGCCACAACCGCCAUGAAGCAGAAUGUUACAAGUACAAAGAUCCAAAGCAGACAUUUUCUCGCGGUUGGGAGUUCAGAAGGAGAAGACGUUGUGAACUCAUCUCCCGCAUCAAAGAUCUUCUCCGGUCGGCCAUCAUGGUUAAAUACUCGAGGGAAUCCUCGAACCCAACCAAAUCCGCCAAGGCUAUGGGCAGGGACCUCAGGGUUCAUUUCAAGAAUACCAGGGAAACUGCUCAUGCUCUCAUAAAGUUACUUUUGGUUAAAUCCAAACAGUAUCUUGAAGAUGUUAUUUCCCACAAAUAAUCCAUCCCCUUCAGGAGGUAUUGCAGGGGUGUAGGGCGAACCGCCCAAGCCAAGGCUCGCCAUUCAAAUGGACAGGGUCGCUGGCUCGUUAAAUCUGCAAGAUUCAUAUUGGAUUUGCUUAAAAAUGCAGAGAGUAGUGCUGAUGUUAAAGGCUUGGAUGUGGAUGCCCUCUAUAUCUCUCACAUUCAGGUGAACCAAGCUUAGAAGCAGAGGCGCAGGACAUACCGUGCUUGGAGAUUUUUUUUUUUUGUAUUUAUUUUUAGAUAUUUUAAGUCUUUGUAUUAGUCAUUGAGAACUGCUUGUAUUA